AUGGCUACCCUCGCAGAUGAACUCCUCAACGAUUUUGAGGACUCUGGCUCCGAGCACGACGAGGAAGCCAAUGGGUUUGACAACGGGGACGAAGCGGCGGUUGGGGAAGAUGACUAUAAGGAGAAUGGUACCGUAGGGUCUGUCGAUAUUCCCAGGGACGAUGAUGAGGAAGAGAUGGAAGAUGCAGAAGAGGAGGUAGCAGCAAGAGAUGACGACCUGGAAGAUGAGUUGGACACAAAGGCAAAGGUCGAAAAGAUGCGCCUGGGUGGUGUACGCGAUGUGCGAACGGUGGCCGGCUUGAUGAAGACUCUACAACCCGUUCUCGAGGUAAGUAAAUUCCUGGUCUCUGCUGGUUCAGGCCUGAGUGAUUUGCACAUCCAACUAUGCAGUCCUGACAUCUCCUCCAUUCUCCAGAAAAUUACCCACUACCAGUCCAUCCCGCUGGAUCAACGGACCACCUCCGUCGGAUCCAUUGAAGACAAUCCAGAGUAUGCUUUGCUAACCCAAUCCAAUCACCUUGCAACCCAAAUCGACAGCGAGAUUAUCCUCGUCCACAAGUUCAUUCGUGACCACUACUCAACGAGGUUUCCCCAGCUCGAAACGCUAGUCUCCAACCCACUGGAUUAUGCCAAAACGGUGGCCAUCAUAAAAAAUGGACCUCUUGAGGAUAUCAAGUCGAUAGCAGCAUCAUCCGAUAACUUAGUGAAAGCCCCUCUAAGAUCAAUUCUUGACGGUCCAACAAUGAUGGUGGUAGCUGUCGAAGCGACUACGAGUGAAGGUCAACCUUUGACUGAAGCCGAGCUUGAAACGACACUCAGGGCAUGCGAAAUGGUACUACAGCUGGACAAAGCGAAACGGGUUCUUACCGAUUACGUUCAGUCACGAAUGAAUAUUUUUGCCCCCAAUUUGACGGCCCUGAUUGGAUCACUCACAGCUGCUCAAUUGCUCAACUUCGCAGGUGGCUUAAAGGGUCUUGCAAAGGUCCCCGAUCGCAACAUUCCAUCCAUGGGCUCCAAGAAACAGAAACAAAGCGGUUUAGCUACCAAUGUUGGAAUACGACAGCAAGGCUUCCUCUACCAUUCACCACUAAUUCAAGCUAUCCCUAACGAUCUGAAAAUUCAAGCCAUGCGUAUCGUUUCUGCCAAACUGGUUCUUGCCGCUCGUGUAGACAGCGUGCAUCAAGCAACAGAUGGCUCAACUGGAGAGCAGUUACGGGAUGACUGUCUACGAAGACUUGAUAAACUUACAGAACCUCCGCCAAAUCGGGGCCCUAGAGCUCUACCCGCACCCGACGACAAACCAAGUCGGAAACGAGGAGGGCGAAGGGCGAGGAAAGCCAAAGAAGCAACUGCAAUGACCGACCUGAGAAAACAACAGAACAGGAUGGUCUUCGGCAAGGAGGAAAAAGAAGUUGGUUAUGGAACAGGUGAAGGCACUGUUGGCUUGGGUAUGAUUGGCCAACAAAAUGACGGUAGAAUUCGCGCCACACAAGUCGACCGACGAACAAUGGCCAAGUUGAGCAAGAAAAAUCCCGGUUGGGGCAGUUCCGGACUGGCUACCAGUCUGAACAGUGGAAUGAAUACAUCUCUCAAGUCGUUCGGUGCGACAAUGGGUGGCAAUGCUUCAAGUCUGCGCGCCCAGGGUCUUCGAACCUCCGGAGUUGGUGCAGGGACGGCCAGCUCGAUCUCAUUUACACCUGUACAAGGCCUUGAAUUGGUAGACCCCAAAGUGCAGGCCGAGCUCAAGAGAAAGCGGGAAGCCGAAACUGCCGGUUACUUUUCGAGCGGCACCUUUACUCAAGCAAGCGGCAGCAAGACUAAUGGAGGUUUCAAGGUACCACAAUUACCGCCCGCAGCCAAAAGAACCAACAUGGGUCCUCCACCGCCGAAGUGA